CUGGGCCGGUCAUGUGAUCUCGGUGUGUUGUUCUGCCGUCAGUCUUAUACUUUGUCCCGUCGGCUCCGUGUUCCAGUAAGACUGUCGGGGAUAUGGAGCGCUCCGUGCCCGUUAUUGCCCUGUGCCUGCUGAGCUUGGGGCUCAUGCGAUCCGAAGGCUUUGAAGUUGAGAUUAAGGAUGCUUCCAAUCACACGUGUAUACGCGCCAGUUUGAUGGCGAACUUCACCGUACAGUAUGAAACAAACACAAGCACAUCUAAAAAGGCGAAUUUCUCGGCACCGCCGUCUGUAACCACGACCGGGAGUAGUUGUGACGGGGAAUCUCCUUUGCUGGUGGUACACUUUGGGGAUAGUCUGUCGUGGAGUCUGAACUUCACGAGAAACGACACUGUGUACAGCGGGAGCGUGCUCACCUUCACCUACAACACAAACGACACCACAUUCUUUCCAGACGCGCUCCCACAAGGAUUACUAAGUUCCAGCACAAAGUUCUUGGAUUCCAUCCCACUGAACCGCACUUAUAAAUGCAUCCACGAUGAGGUCCUAUCUUCUGGAAACGUCACCCAGCACAUAUGGAAUGUAACGUUACAAGCGUUUGUACAGAAUGAUACUUUUGGUCAAGAGGUCUCUUGUGAUGCUGAUAAACCAACACCUGCGCCAACACCUGUGCCAACACCUACACCAACACAUGCACCAACUACUACUCCUAAUGCCACAGUCCCUAUACCCACCUCCAAGCCUUUGGAUAAACCCUCCAUCGGUAACUAUUCGGUUUUUAAUACGUCUGGGAAAUGCCUCCUGGCUUCCAUGGGUCUGCAGCUGAACGCAUCUUCUCGUAUCGGCAGCGUGGGUGUAUACAAUAUUAACCCCAUCACUACAAAUGCAUCUGGAACCUGUGGAAAUGAAACCGCCACCUUGAAGCUCACCGAUACCAGUGUGGUGAUUGAAUUUUAUUUUGCGAUCAGAAAGAGCAAAUUUUACCUUCAGGAAGUUAACGUCACUCUGACAAAUGGUUCUGCAUCCUCAUCUGUAUUAAACCAAAACUUAAGUCUAUGGGAAGCUUCUGUAGGAAACUCUUACCUGUGCCGAAAAGAGCAGGUUAUUGUAGUGUCUGAGGACCUGCGCGUUAACACGUUUGAAGUGAGGGUCCAACCUUUUGGUGUACGUGAUGAAACAUAUGCAACAGCUGAAGAUUGCUUUGCAGAUCAGGACUUCACUGUGCCGAUAAUCGUGGGAGCUGCAUUGGGAGUCUUAGUAAUCCUAGUGAUGGUGGCCUAUUUCGUUGCUCGCAAGAGGAGUCUAUCAGCUGGAUAUGAACAUUUUUAAAAACUUCAAUGUGCAAACAAAAAAAGCUAUUUGUGUGACUUUAAUUUCUUAUUUUUAGGAUCAUGUAGUUUUUUUAUUUUUUAUUAUUCCAUAUGAAAAUUGUGCCUGUCUUAAUUGUCUAGAGGGGUUUUUAAAACCCGUAUAAUAAAAAUGAGACUGAUAUAAGCACAUUCGUUUUAUAAAACCCACUAUGUUGCUUUUUGUAUGCCACAUUCUAAAGGAAUAUUUUAGUAUUAAAACCUCUUCCAAAUGCACAUUUUUUAUGUCACUGCUCCCCACAUUAACAAACCUGUGCAUAGUAUUAGUUCUGUACCACUAUGUAUUUAAGGGACCUGCUGGAGUCCAGUUUGCAUAUACAUGACCCUUUGUUAUGAAAUUGUAUUUAUUGUAUGUACUAUGUAUGUAUACUAGUGUCUGUGUAUAUGUAUGUAAUUUGUAUACACACAAAAACCAAAGCUACUUAGACCCCUUGCCAAAUGUUCUCAUCUUACUAAAUUACGAAUGGCACAUUGACGU